CUCAAAGUAAUCACUUUUUCCACAUCUUCCAAAAUAACAGACUCAAAAUUGUUACCAAAGUAACACAAUUUCCUAUAUACUCUUUUCUCUUUCUUAUCUCUCUCUCACUACAAAAAAACAGUGACAAAUCAUCCUCAAAACAAAAAAACACAACAUAAAGUACACAGUAAGUACUAUGAUGAUGUUUCAUUCCAAACCCAGAAGAACACUUUCACCUUCAUUCAUCUUCUUCUUCUUGUUCUUCUUCAUUUCAUUGUCCUUUGCUUCAAAAACAACACCAAAACACCACUCACAAUCUCUCACAUACCUAUGGCCACUUCCUUCAAACUUCACUUCAGGAAACCAUUCUCUCUCCGUUGACCCUUUACUCACUCUUUCAGUCAUUGGAAAUGGUGGUGUUGCUUCUUCUCCUAUUCUUGAUGCUGCUUUUGAUAGAUAUAAAGGGAUCAUUUUUAAACAUGCUGGUUUUGAAUUUGGUAAAGGGUUUGUGAGAAAGUUGAGGGAGAGGAUUAGUUUGAUUGCUUAUGAUGUUGUUGGUUUGAAUAUUCUUGUGCAUUCAGAUGAUGAUGAGCUUCAACUUGGUGUGGAUGAAAGCUAUACCUUGUCAGUUUCUAAAGCCAGUGAAUCUUCUGUUGCUUGGGAAGCCACCAUUGAGGCACAUACUGUUUAUGGUGCAUUGCGUGGAUUAGAGACAUUCAGCCAGCUGUGUUCUUUUGAUUAUACAACUAAAACAGUACAAAUACAGAAGGCACCUUGGUCUAUCCAAGAUAAACCUAGGUUUGCAUACCGUGGUCUUAUGUUGGAUACAUCGAGGCACUAUUUACCAAUUAAUGUAAUCAAGCAAGUUAUUGAAUCUAUGUCCUAUGCCAAACUUAAUGUUCUACAUUGGCACAUCAUAGACGAAGAGUCAUUUCCUCUCGAGAUACCUACAUAUCCAAAUUUAUGGGAAGGUUCUUACACAAAGUGGGAACGUUAUACAGUGGAGGAUGCAUAUGAAAUUGUCAACUUUGCCAAAAUGAGAGGCAUAAAUGUGAUGCCAGAAGUUGACGUCCCCGGGCAUGCAGAAUCAUGGGGUGCGGGGUAUCCUGAUCUUUGGCCAUCACCUUCCUGCAAGGAGCCACUAGAUGUUUCAAAGAAUUUUACUUUUGAUGUCAUUUCUGGUAUUCUGUCAGAUAUGAGAAAGAUUUUCCCAUUUGAGCUAUUUCACUUGGGUGGUGAUGAAGUUCAUACAGAUUGUUGGACCAAUACUUCUCAUGUAAAGGAAUGGCUUCAGAGUCACAACAUGACCACUAAGGAUGCCUAUGAAUACUUUGUACUGAAGGCUCAAGACAUAGCCCUUUCGAAAAAGUGGACUCCAGUUAACUGGGAAGAAACCUUCAAUACAUUUCCAUCAAAGCUUCAUCCUGAAACAGUAGUGCAUAACUGGUUGGUCUCUGGUGUUUGUGCAAAGGCUGUUGCAAAAGGUUUCAGAUGCAUUUUCAGUAACCAAGGUGUCUGGUAUCUUGACCAUCUAGAUGUACCUUGGGAUGAGGUCUAUACCGCUGAUCCACUAGAAUUUAUACACAAAGAGUCAGAAGAAAAGCUUAUACUUGGAGGAGAAGUUUGCAUGUGGGGUGAGACUGCUGAUGCAUCUAAUGUUCAACAAACAAUUUGGCCUCGAGCUGCCGCAGCUGCAGAACGCAUGUGGAGUGAGAGAGAUUUUACUUCUACACGAAAUGCUACCUUAACGGCAUUGCCGCGGUUGCAACAUUUCAGAUGUCUGUUAAAUAGACGAGGGGUUCCAGCUGCUCCUGUCACAAACUACUAUGCUAGAAGGGCACCUGACGGUACAGGCUCAUGCUAUGAUCAAUAAUCUGUAUCAUGUCUAAUUUGUAUUUGUAAAGCCUGUUGUGAAAGUUCUCUGGUUGAUGAGCUAGAAUUUUCAAUCUGGUGCUCAAAUGCUUAGUAGCUAUGGUCAUUGUAUAUCAGAUCUCUCCAAUGAUGGUAACAGUCAUAUUGUAAUGUUAAUGUAAUAUCUGUAAGAAAUAAAUUCAAAGGCUAUAAUGUCUGAAGUUUUUUUUUCUUUCUUUUCA